UAUAGUACUUAUUCAGACUUAUGUCAAAUUUAAAUAUGUAUAUAAGUAUAUAUUUAUUUUGCUGUUCUGUAUCAUCUAUGACAACGUAAUAAUAGAUUAUGUGUUAGAUCUGUGAAAUAUUAUGGUCUAUGGUCAGUUUUGUACAUAAAAGAAAAUUUAUGAAUAACACGUGGAUUUAUUAAGGUUAUAUAUAUAUAAUAGUAUAUAAUAUAACAUAUUCCGUGAAAGAGUACUUGAUUUAUAUAUUUAUUAAACAUUAUGAAUUAUGAUAAAUAUUAAUAAAAAUCAAUAUGAAAUUUUAUACCAAUUCAAUAAAAUCUUGUACUGCCCGUAUUGGAAAGUUAACAGAAUUUAAUAGAAUUCCCAAUAGUAAUUUUGAAACUCCUCUUGUUCUUGUUUAUACAAAGGGAGGCAGUGUACCGCAUUUAACAAAAGAUGUUUUCAAAAUGGUUACUUCAGAUCCACAAGUGUUAUCUGUUUCACUUACUUCUACGUAUCAGAUGUUAGAAUCAGUAAAGGAUAGUAAUAUUAAUUUUGCACAUUUUGUGGGAAUGAAGGAAUAUAUCAAUAUUCUUACUUUGCAUGAUCCAGCUUACGCUACACCUUCAGGUUUUCAAGAAAUGGAUUUCACUCCUAUAUGGACUAGAAAAGGAAAAUGUAAAUUAACUCCCAAGGAAUAUAUGGAUGUAAUUGAAGCAUUUAAACCAGAUAUGUAUGUUGCUUUGUAUGAUGGAGAUACUAAAAUUAAUAGUAGUAGAAAAAGAUUAUCAAAUGCUACACGACGUACUACAACAUUUUUUGAAAAAUGUUUUUCUAUACAUUCUUCAUCUGAAACAUUAAAAUCUUCAGAAAUAUUAGGUGUAAUCGAAGGUGGUUAUGAUAAAGAAGCUAGAGCAUGGUCAAUAGAAUUUUUAAAAGAUAAACCUUUAAUAGGAUAUGUGAUUGAUGGAUUGCAUAAUAAUGGACCAGAUGUAAAGGAUAUAUCAAUAGAACAAAUUAAAGAAAUAGUGGAAUAUACAGUUAACCUUCUACCUGCUGAAAAACUUAAAGUAUCAAUGGGAUGCUGGAAUCCUCUUAUAGUAUUAGAACUUGUUGAGUUAGGUAUUGAUGUAUUUGAUACAUCAUAUCCUUAUAUAAUUACUGAAAAUUUAGAAGCUUUAACUUUCUUAUGUGAUCAUCAUGAUUGUAAUAAUAUAGGACAUGUAAUAUCAUUUACAGAAGAAAGCAGAUAUGCAGAUGACUUUUCUCCUAUUUGCCAUCUUUGUGAAUGUCUUACCUGUAAAAAUCAUACCAAGGCAUAUCUACAUCAUUUGUGUAAUACCAAAGAAAUGCUUAGUACAGUUCUUUUAAUGAUACAUAAUCUACAUCAGUAUUUCGAAUUUUUCAAGAUUAUUCGAGAAAAUAUAAAAAAUGGUACUCUUGAUGAUUACAAAAAGAAAAUUAAUUUAAAAUUUAAACAAAAUGAUGUCGUUCAGACAGAUCAGUAAGAUACCAAGUCUAUAUUUUCUUAAUACAAUUUUAAAAAAAUAUUAAUAUUUAAUAAUACUUUUUUAAAAUAACAAUAAAUAAUAGUAGUUGAUAAUUAUUUUUAUAUUCUUUUUUUACAAAUAUAAAUGAUAAAAUUUAAUUAAAUACAAAUUUUAUAAAAUAUUAAUAAUUAUUCUGGUAAAAAAUUAGGAUCUAAGUAAUUGUAAGAGGAAUUACUGAAACUCUGUGGGAAAUAAUCCAAAUCAUAACUUCUAGUAUAUUGAGGUGGUUUAAUAGGAAGUAAUCUAUGUAAUGUAUCAUGUAGUGGUUUUUCAGCUUCUAAUUGUGCUACUGCACAAUCACCACAUAAAUCAAUUCCAUCUUGACAUUCUGUACAAUGCCAUCUUGUACCUGUCAAAGGAUCUUCCCCACAAACUAAACACUGUAAAAAAAAAAAAAAGAAAUUAAUUUUUUUUUAAUUCCUUUACAUGUUUUAAAAAUAUUUUAUAUGCAUACUUUAUAUCCAACAUGUUUAUAUACAAAAGAUGAAUUUUGUUCUUUCUCAGCUUUUACUUGUUUCAAUAAUUCUAUAUGUCUCAAUUCUGGAUUAUCAUCAAUAAUACUAUUUCCAGCAUCAUCUUCCUAUAAAUAUAAAGAAUAAAAACAUAAUGCAAAUUAAAUUUUCAUCAAAUUAUAAAAUUGUUGCAACACAUACGGAUUCUUCUGUAAUUGCCUGUUCUUUGCUUUCAUCGGGCAUUGUAAAAGACAUAUCUUGAUGAGGAAAAAAUGUAGAACGUCUGAAUAAUGAAUAAUUAUUACGUUGAUGUCUAUGACCCAUUCCUUUUUUAACAUCCAAUUUCAUUUUAGGACCUCGACCAGGUAUAGGUAAUCCAGCUCUUAAAAGUUUAAUGAAAUAUUUUUGGACUCUACUAGAUACUUGUUUUGGAGUUCUGUUACCUAUUAAAAAUUAAAAAAUUAAUGUAUAUAUUAAACAAGAAAGAUAAUAAUAAUAAUGUACCUAAAGCAUUAGCUAUUUUAGUCCAUCUUCUCAUUUCUACAUCCUCUGGUGGAUAUUCUAUUAAAAGUUCUUCUAAUCUUCUUUGUUCUUCUACUGUCCAUAAUUGAUUGAAAGUUUCUGGUUUACUCUCGUCAAAAGCACGUCCUCUCACUAAAAUCUAAUUAUACAGAUUUAUGUUAAAUAUAUAAAUAUAUUUUAUACAUACAUGUAAAAUAAAAUAUCAACAUAUACAUAAAA